AUGGCUGAUGAAUUUUGUUUGCAAAAUUUUCCAAUACGUCUACUUUGCAAAAAAAGAAAAAAAGCGUGGGAAAACGUUGCUAAAGUAAUAAAUGCAAACAGACAUGGAGUAAUUAGAACAGCGGAUGCAGUGAAGAAAAGGUGGCAAGAUUUGAGAUCUGCAGUAAAAAGCAAAGAAGCUAAAAGGCCCAGAGAACUGACGAAAACAGGAGGGGGUAAAGGUGAAAUAAUAACAUUGGAUCCGAUCGAAGAACGUGUUCUAGAGUUGGUGGGAAACUGUGCCAUUGAAGGUAUAAAUGGAGUAGUAGAUAGUGGUGAAAAACCAACGGAAGAGAAAACACCAGUCGAAGUAAAUGUGAUUGUAACGUCUCCCAUUCAUACCGUCGAUGAAAUAGCUGAAGAAAUACAAGAAUGUCCAAAAGAAGACAACAUUGUCAGUGAAGAUCCCAACCACGACACCCCUUCUCGAAUACCACUGCACAGCCAUCGCGUGAAACAGUCUUGUGAAUUCAUAGGUCCGGACCUUGAAUUAAUAAAUAUAGAAAGAGAAAGACUUGAGAUAGAAAAACAACGACUAGACAUAGAGAAGCAGCGCCUAGAGGUCGAGAAACAAAGAUUACAACUGGAAAUGGAACGAUCACGAAUAGUUUGA